AGAGGUUGAGGAAUCAUGUCAAGCACCAGAUUUGGACGACCCUACGGAUCGGUGGAUGCCAUCGUCAAUCAGCCGGGAAUUCUGGAAUCGCGACCUGGAAGGAAUCCGCAGAACCCCAAUGCACCAUACGGACUGGACUACCUGACAAUUGUGGACCAGCUCUUGGUCAAACAGAAAGUGGAACUAACCGAAGUCUUAACCGGCUUUGAGACCAGCAAUAAGUACACCAUCCUCAACGCAUCCGGCCAGAAGGUGUUCUACGCGGUGGAGGAUAGCGACUGCUGCACCCGCAACUGCUGCGCCACCUCGCGGCCCUUCCACCUGAGGAUCCUGGACAACUCGCCUCGGGAGAUCAUCCACAUGCACCGUCCGCUGGCCUGUUCGGCCUGCUGCUUCCCCUGCUGCCUGCAGAGCAUUGAGGUCUCGGCGCCGCCCGGUAACGUCAUUGGCACCAUCGAGCAGGAGUGGUCCAUCUGCUCGCCCUCGUUCCGCAUCCUCAACCACAUCGGGGACACAGUGCUGCGCAUUGAGGGCCCCUUGUGCACCUACUCCCUCUGCGGCGACGUGGAGUUCAAUGUGGUGUCGCUGACUGGCGAGAAAAUUGGCAAGAUCUCGAAGCAGUGGUCUGGACUGGCGCGUGAGAUCUUCACGGAUGCCGACUUCUUCGGCAUCAGCUUCCCCCUGGACUUGGAUGUGCGCAUGAAGGCGGUCCUCCUCGGCGCCACAUUCUUGAUUGAUGCAAUGUUCUUUGAGAAGUCCGGCAACCGAGAGACCGACGGACCCGGCAUGCUCUAACAAUCUGAGGCCUGCUGUUGCAGUGGUCUCUGCACCGCGUACUAGUCCGCUGAUGGCCAAAGCUGACGACUCUCUACCAAAUGCUUAAAAAUGAAAAUGGAAUAAAAAUACUGGAACCUUUGUUAAUGCUAAGGACACGCUCAGGUGUCCUCCGAAUGGACAUUGCCGGGAUGGAUAUUCGUAUCUACUACGCUUAAGUAACACGUUGGCAUUUUCGCUCCUUUGCCACAGCCGCAAUAUUCAACGAAUAACUGCUUCCUUUAUAAAUUUUUUGUACCUCUACAACGAUGCACAGUGAAACAGGGAACUCCCACGUGAACCAUGUACUUUAAUCCGUACACUGAGUGUCUUAUACAUAAUAUAUCUAACACAUAAAACAAACAAGUAUGCAAUACAAUAAUCUACCUUGAUGUUACGUUUAAGUUUUCAGAAGAUAUUCAUAUAUUUAUGUAUUCAAAUGUAUUACUCGGAUUGGUUUAAUAAAACAAAACCAAAGUCAA